AUAAGGAGCGCAACGGACGUUUCUGUCGGACAGAAUCUCCUCGUUUCGCUGCGUCCUCCGAAUCGACGUAAUCGGACGAAUGACGCGUCAGCGCGAUCGAGUUUCCCGCAGAGUAACUAAUGCGCGUUCGCGCUUUGACGACUAAUUUUAUCCGUCUCGUUGAACUUGACUAUCGCAUCGUUGACCCAGAUAUAACGUCGAGCUCGACUUUUGAGGUUAAGCGUUUUUCGUUUGGCUUAGAGACCAACGACUGCUUCGUGACGAUUGCCCUCGGCAAGGAAAAGUACCAGACCUCGGUGAAAGAGAAGGCCUCCAAGGACGUGGAAUGGCACGAGGAAUGCGAACUGGCCAUACCAGAACAGGGAAACACCGCGGAAAUCGUCCUCACGGCAUUGCACCGUAAUUUCCUCGGCGUCGACGAAUUUCUCGGCACCGUUAGCAUUCCCUUGGCGAGUUUCGACGUUUACGAGAGACCCAAGAAUAGAUGGUACGCGUUGUGCAGCAAGCCGGGCAAAGAGAACACGAAGGACAGGGGCGAGCUCGAAGUGAGGAUCGGCUUUAUAGUCAAGGCUGGAAGUUUGACCGAUCUCACGAGGAAGGAGCGACACAAAAGUUCCCUCGGACAACUGUCGACCGCCGCCCAGUCCAUCGGGGGUAGCUUGUUGAGCAUAGGCAGCAUCGAGAAGCGAAAGGGAUUGAAAAAAUUGGCCAAGUCCAUAGGCAAUCGCGUCAAGGGAAAGAGCAAAAACAAAUUGAACAAAGAGAAUUUGGACGAAAGAGAGGAAGAGUACGGAUUUCGAGCGACCAGCCAAGAACCCGGGGAAGCCGAUCCUGGCGUGAUCAGCGAAGACGAGGACGAAUUUACGUUCGACGAUCUGUCCCACAAGAGUUCAGCCUCGUCCUUGAAUGCGCCGGUUGCUACCGUCAACGGUACGAAAAAGAGCAACAGCGUGACGUCGGUCGCAUCCGCUGCCUCCUUCGGUCGCAACAAUGUCGGUCACGAGGUACAACAAACGGCACCGAACGCGGCCAACGUGGCCCCCAACAAGCCGCCGCGUUUCGCCACGAGUUCCUCGACCUCGUCCCUGUCCAAAAUCGACGAUCAAAAGGAGGACGAGUGGGGCCUGAAGCUUUACGGGAAACAGUCCAACGCUCCCAAGAGAUGGGAAAGUACCAAGCUGAAUAAUCCAAAGAUUCUGAUAGACGAGCCGAAGGACGAUCGAUCGGAUCUCUCGCCGACGCACUCGCCGUCGCCGUCGUCUAGGUUUAAAGACGCUUCGGAACCUCCGAGCCCGGCUCCUCGAGAAAUUAUUCAACAUAGGAGCAACAAAGAGGAGAAGUCCUCUCUGAUCAAAGAUAAAUUUUCCAGGGAGGAUAAAUCGAAGGAUAAGAGGGAGGAGAAAUUUGUCACGCGGAGUCCGAGGGAGGAGAAGAACGCGAAGAAGGACAAGAAGAAGGAUAAGGAGAACAAAAUCAAAGAGAUCAACGAGGAGAAUCGGCCUUCCUCCUCGGAAAGAAUCAUCAUAGGGGGAGAGGACGCGUUCAAGGGCGAACAUUUAACGAAACAUCGACUGUCCCAUGAAAUUCUUUCUCAAUUUGACGGAAAAUCUAGAGAAGAUUUGAUAGAACUGACGCUACAGCUUCAAGCAGAAGUAGCGGACAAAAAGAAACGUAUGGUCGAUCUGGAAGAUUACAUCGAUUCGUUGUUGUUGCGUGUCAUCGAGUGUUCGCCGCGUUUACUACAGAAUCCAUUUCAAACGCAAAGGCGCUUAUCGUCUCCUGGACAUCAAUGAAACUCCACGCGUGUUCUUCCAAUCGAACUGAUAUAUUAUCUCCGUUAAAUAAUGUCAUUUUAUUCCCAAUGCGAGGCGUCUUAUUAUAUAUCUCGUUCGAUCAUUCGACGUUAGAACGUUUGUGCUUUUAACUUAUUCCUCGUGAUAAUCAUUUAGCGUAUAGUUCCUUUUUCUUUCCCUUUAAUAAUUUGCACAAAUUUAUGCAUCGUUAAGUUUUAACAGUGUAAAACUGGAAAUGUCAUUGCUUCCCUGUUACUUUGCCGUUGAUAUCGUGCACUUAGUAGCAUCCAAGCAUGUUUCGAGCAUUUUCCUGUCUUCCCAGUAUAACGGAACACGAAUCCAUCGAAGAAAUAAAAUUCGCGUCUUUUCUUACCGCGUACGUCCGUCCAAAUUAGCUUACCGGAUGAAAUGCCAAUAUCUGUAAUAGGGGGUCUUUAUAUUCCAAAUACGUUAUAUGAAAAUGAUAAUGAUAAAAGAAAGAGACCAAAAUUUUAACUAUUUUUACGUGUACAGAAAAUUGAAUAAAACUAAAUAUACUUGUGCCUUAUGUAUAUCCAAAAGAUCUAAUACGUAAAAGUUUAGAUAUAGUUAUUUAACCGAUCGUUUAUCGUAGCUGCGUGAAAACCUGAAAUAUUGUUACAAUAAAAAAGAAACAUUUAUACGAA